AUGGUUGCUAUUACAAGAACCGUCUUCCUCGCUCUCGGGGCGUCCAUCGCCCAAGCUGCCUCCAUCAAUGGCCCAUGCCCCUCAGGCCAGCAGCUAAUCGCAAACAACAAAUGCUGCCCCGGCUUCGCCAUCGUCAGCGGCGACAACGACACCGUAUGCUGCGUCAUGGACAGCAACAGCAGCUGCAAGGGAAUCGGUCUCUGUGGCGACGGCAGCACCAGCUCCUGCAAGGCCAAGGUCGAGACUACGGAUCCUGACUACGACCAGAAGGUUCAGGACGCGCUCUCCGGUACUUCGUCCUCGUCCUCGUCGACCGCUACUAGUUCUGGUACUUCCACUCCCACAGCCUCUUCCGCCUCAAGCACCGCUAGCUCUGACUCAAGCUCUGAUUCAGGCUCCGGCUCCUCGUCCUCCUCUUCCGGUUCUACGAAGACGGGUGCUGGAGAGGCGAACAAUGCAAUGCUUGGUAUGGUCGUGGCUAUUGCGGCUGUUCCUGUCGCUUUCUACGGCCUUUGA